AUGUCUACACCAAGGGAUAAUGCUAUUGAACCAGAUCAUGAAGACUCUGGAAUAAGAGACCUGGAGAAGAAGUUGCAAGAAGUGGGCCUGGAUCCCCAGUACUGGGUAUCUAAGCUGCAGGAAUGCUUGGAUGUGACCUCUGUCCAAGCCUUACAACACCUAGGAAAGAAGGAAGUUCUGACACUGAAAUCCCAGGUCAAACAUAAAUGGGAGAAACGGGCAUUAGAAAAACUUCUUCAGCUGUCCAGCACCCAGGGAUCAGAGGAAAUGCAAGAGAAGCACUGGGUGACAGUGAAGAAGAGACAAGAGAGAGCACAGUCAGCCUUGAAAGAAAUGAAAGAGAUGCAGGUGGCAGGUAAAAGUUGCCAAGAGGAAAUUGUGAGGAGGAAAGAAGAGCUGAGGCAGGCCAUGGAGAUCCCACCAGAGUACAGGCCAAUCACUAAGAAACCCCUAAAAGAGGUCAUAGAAAAUAUGGAGAGACACCUCAGUCUCAAGGAAGGCACUCUCUCCAAGAGGGAGAAUCUUCCUGACCAGGAGCUCCUGAAACGAGUGUCAGGUGGCCUAGCCCUGCAGGGGAUUUACCAAACUGGCCAGCCUGAGGAUCUUUUGGAGAGGAGAGAAGAACUGCUCAGUGUCCCAGAGAACAUCUUUCUGCUCAGCCCAGAACAGGGAACACGGAUGGAAACCAAGGAAUUUUCAUCUUCUGGUGAAGAGUCGCUGUUUACCCAAAGCAUGGAGAAACUGGGCUUUACUGUUAGCUUUUUGGCCAAGGGUGGACGCUGGGGAUGGAAUCUGGAAUCCAGCACCAAUUAUACCAGAUCUUCUGACUCCAGAGAUUUCCACAGGGGACACUCUGAGAACACUUACAGCAGCAUCACCAGGUUCAGUUACAUCCCACUGGCUUGCUGCCACUUUGCACAAGAUCAGCUCUAUCUAAGCAGGUCAGCUCUGCAAGAGUUAAAACAGUUAGAGAAACUUCUGAUCCACUCCAAUGGUUCAGAAACUCAAGUACUGAAGCGUAGAUGUGAGGCAUUUUUCCAAAGGUUUGGCUCUCAUGUGAACCAGGGCCCAUUGCAUUUGGGAGGAAUAUUCUGGUGGAAAGCUGUAACAGAAGGCUUCAGGUCAGAGGAGCUGCAUGAUGUGAAGAAACAAGCCUCAGAGGCACUUGAUGUAUAUAUUGGAGGCAGCUACUCUGGUUUUGGGGUCACGGUUGCAGCCGGAAAGAAU